AUGGUGAUGAUCGUCGGUGAGAUGGCUGGAGGUGCCAACAUCGCAUGCUUCAGAUCCCUUGCAAACCAUCGCACCAUGGGUCGCGUCGACGAGUUUGCGGUGCAUGCGUUUGAUUAUCUGAUCGUCGGCGGAGGCACAGCAGGCUUGGUGCUAGCGGCACGCCUGAGCGAACGCCCUGACAUCGUGGUCGGAGUAAUCGAAGCCGGUCCUGCGGCUUUGGAUGAGAAAGCAAUUAACAUUCCAGGUCUUUACGGCUCGACGAUCGGGUCUAAGUAUGAUUGGCAAUUUGAAACGGUGUCUCAGCCAGGACUAUCAGGUCGGAAACUACCUUGGCCUCGGGGCAAAGUACUCGGCGGCACCAGUGCCCUGAAUUUCAUGGCAUGGAAUCGUGGGAACAGAGAGGACUACGAUGCUUGGAAGGAGUUGGGAAACCACGGAUGGGGUUGGGAUGAUCUUUUACCAUACUUCCAACGCUCCGAGACUUUCCAUCCUCCCGAUACCACACAUCAAAAGCAGCACCAUUCCUACUACCAGGAAGAAACACAUGGGUCUGCUGGACUCCUUCAUACAACUCAUAUCCAAAACUAUGGUCCAGCGCACCGGUUUUGGCACGCGACGCUCAAUGCGGUCGGGGAGUUACUCGGCGAACGCUACUAUCAGCCUAUCGCAGCACGACCGAACUUAGUGCUACUUACGGAAGCAAUGGUGACAAAGGUACUAAUCGAGAAGGAUGGUGACGGUGACCGGUGGAUUGCGAGUGGAGUCAACAUCCUCUGCGAUAAUGAGGAAAGGGAAGUCUACGCAGCAAGAGAGGUUAUCCUCUCGGCGGGAAGUGUUCAGUCUCCACAGCUUCUCGAGCUAUCUGGAGUUGGCAAGGCCGAGGUCCUGCGAUCUGCUGGAAUUCCUGUCAAGGUUGAGAAUCCGAAUGUGGGAGAGAACCUCCAGGAGCAUAUGAUGACAGCCACAAUCUUUGAAAUUCCGCCUGAGAUACCCACCGUGAUGACCUGCUGCAGGACUCAGCGCUUCGGGAGGCAGCGAGUCGAGAGUAUGAAGACACGAAAUCCGGGCCGUGGACAAUCCUUCCGUAUCAUCGGUCAAGAGGACCUGGAAGGUCUCCGAUCGAGAGCAGAGUCAUUGGCCACAGAAACAGGCAAAAAACGAGACGAGAUCCUAGCUCGCCAAUUCCAGGAGCAUGCUAACUUGGGUCAGCUUGAGUAUCUGUUCGAUGUUGGGAACUGGAGUCCAUACUUUACAUCCGAAGAAGGCAAGAAAUAUGGUACGAUGCUUAUGAUGUUGCAAUAUCCCUGGUCUCGCGGGUCAAUCCACCUGCCACCGAAGGACCCUGGCCUCCAUGCGACUAUCUAUGACAAGCCAAUUAUCGAUCCACGAUACUACCUUGGUCAUGGGGAGCUCGACCUGGAGGUAAUGAAGAUCGGCCAGCGUUUGACGGAGCGAAUCUGCGCAACGAAGCCACUUUUAGACAUGAUUUGCUCCCGGGUAUUUCCUCCGAUGCCUAGCUCCGACGCACCAGUUGAAAUAGACGAAUACGACGAGUUUGUCCGGAACUAUACCAUCACUGACUGGCACCCGAUCGGAACCUGCGCGAUGGGAGGCUUCGAAGGCGAGAAGUCCGGCGUAGUCGAUUGCCGUCUGAGAGUUUACGGUAUAGCUAACCUGCGUGUUGUCGAUGCCAGUGUCAUGCCUCUUCAAGUCAGCGCGCAUAUACAGGCGACGGUGUAUGCCAUUGCAGAGAAAGCUGCCGAGAUGAUUGUCGAGGAUAUGGAUGCAAAGGUAGCCCAUAACUCUGCAUAG